AUGUCUCUCCCUGUCUCAUACCAAAACGAAAUCAACGCCCUGAACCGCCAGAUCCUCCGAGAAGAGCCUGAAGAUAUCCUCCAAUUUUGUGCCAAUUUCUUCAAUCGUCGACUUGAGUCUCAGCGAGCUGAGUUCCUCCUCGCACAAGAUCAUUCGCGUACACAAGGUGGAAAGAUGGCUGCAAGUGCUUUUCCCGGCACCAAUCCCUUUGGCCAGAACAACAGCUUCAGCUCAAACAGAGGUGUUCAAAGCAUCGAGGAAGAAGACGAGGAGAACGAUCAUGUAGGCUCACCUACUGAUGCAACUUUCAAGACUGCUCAGUCCGCUCAACCCGGCACUGGCUCCUCCCCUUUCACCAAUUCGUCACCCUUCGGGGCUGCAACUGGUGGAGGAACCUCGAUGUUCAGCGGGCCAUUUGGUGGUGGAGACUUGAAUGGCAACGUUCCGGACGAAUCCGCCUCUGGCCCUCCGUCCUCUUUUCCUGGCCGCGCAGGCGGCAAUGACUCGCUUCCUGUAAACUAUGCAACCGGUCGUCGUGUUUCGGUAUCGGCCGAGUCUAUGAAUCCCAAUGCCGAUUCUGGUGACUGGAAACCACCCUCGCAUCCCAAAACAGAAGAACAGAUUCAGAGACUAAAGACCGCCGUUUCUAGCAACUUCCUUUUCUCCUCCCUUGACGACGACUCGUUCCAAACCAUUCUCAACGCUUUACAAGAAAAACCCAUUCCUGCCGCUAACAUCAAGAUCAUCUCACAAGGUGACUCGGGCGACUUUUUCUACGUCGUCGAGAAAGGAGAGUUCGAUGUUUACAUCCACCCUUCCGGCUCCAUCCAACCAGGCCCAGACGGAAUGGGCAAGAAAGUCGCGACUAUCGGACCCAGCGGUGGUUUCGGUGAGCUGGCUCUGAUGUACGACGCUCCCCGCGCCGCAACCGUCGUCUCCGCUUCCAAAGGGGGCCUUCUGUGGCAACUCGACCGCACCACCUUCCGUCGCAUCUUGAUGGAUUCUGCCUUCCAGCGACGUAAGAUGUACGAAGGCUUCCUCGAAGAAGUGCCGCUCCUCUCAACGCUCAAAGCCUCCGAACGCGCUAAAAUUGCCGACGCCCUUGGCCCCUCAAAAUACCCUGCUGGAACCUACAUCAUCCACGAAGGAGAUCCGGGAGACGCAUUCUACCUCCUCGAGAGCGGCGAGGCAGAAGCAUACAAGGCCGGUGUUGAGAAACCGGUCAAGCAUUAUCAGCGAGGUGCAUAUUUCGGAGAAUUGGCACUCCUGGAUGAUAAGCCGAGACAGGCGAGUGUGGUGGCAAAGACGGAGGUCAAGUUGGCGAAAUUGGAUCGUGCGGGAUUCAAGAGGCUGCUUGGGCCAGUGGAGGGCAUGAUGAGGAGAGAGCAGUAUGCUAAUACUGAGGAUGUGGAUCCGUUGAGCAGGCUGAAGACGGUUACCUAG